GGCAGUUGCCGGAGAGCUUGGGAGAGCCGUGGGCGCAGAGGCGCUGUAAGUGGCUCCCCCAGAUUAUUACAGAGAGGAAAAACCUGGAAUCUGAGACAAUAGACCCCAGAUAAACUGGAAACUCCUAGAAGAGGUGAUGGCUGUGGCCCUGGGCUGUGCAAUCCAGGCCUCCUUGAAUCAGGGCUCUGUGCUCCAAGAGUACGACACUGACUGUGAAGUUUUCCGACAGCGGUUCAGGCAGUUCCAGUACACAGAAGCUGCCGGGCCUCAUGAAGCAUUCAACAAACUCUGGGAGCUUUGCUGCCAGUGGCUGAAGCCAAAGAUGCGUUCUAAGGAACAAAUCCUGGAACUGCUUGUCCUAGAGCAAUUCCUAACUAUUCUGCCCACAGAAAUAGAGACCUGGGUGAGGGAACACUGCCCAGACAAUAGAGAAAGAGUUGUAUCACUCAUUGAAGACUUACAAAGAGAGCUUGAGAUACCAGAACCACAGAUUGACAUGGAUGACAUGCUCUUGGAAGAACUGGCACCAGUUGGAACAGUACCCAUGCCACCUAACUUGCACCUGGAGGAACCUGCACUCCAAGUGAUGGAACCUGUUCAGGAACCCCCAGUGCCAGAUGCCUGGAUUCCACAAGCUGGGCCACAAGAUCUGAACUAUAAUGCUGAUGGUGAAUGCCAGUCCUUUCUGGACCCUGGUUAUCAGUUACCAAAGCUUGACAUGAACUUCCCAUUGGAUCAUAGAGAAGAGCCGUGGGUAAAAGACUUAGAAGAUCCCAAAGAAAUGAAACAGUUACUUGACCCCAAGAUUGGUUUUGAGAUGGGAAUAGAAAAUGAAGAAGAUACUUCAAAACAGAAAAAACUGGAAAAUUUGUACCCAUUUGUUGUAACUUUAGAAGGGAAUGCUCUCCAUGGUCCCAUUUUGCAGAAAGACUACGUGCAGUUAGAAAAUCACUGGGAAACAUCCCCCGAGGAUAUACAAACAGACUUAACAAAACUCGGAGAUCCUCAGAACCCCACUCUAGGAGAGAGACCUGAGAGCCCCAACCAGGAAGAACCUCUCAGUCCGAAGCCUCCAAAGAAAAAGAGUCCUGGGGACAAACCUCACCGAUGUCCCCAGUGUGGCAAAUGUUUCGCUCGGAAGUCACAACUUACUGGGCACCAGCGAAUUCAUUCAGGAGAGGAACCUCACAAAUGCCCUGAAUGUGGAAAAAGGUUCCUGCGUAGCUCUGACCUUUACAGACACCAACGACUGCACACGGGAGAAAGACCCUAUGAAUGCACUGUAUGUAAAAAGCGGUUCACUCGGCGCUCGCACCUUCUCGGGCACCAGAGAACCCAUUCUGAAGAAGAAACAUAUAAAUGUCUUGAGUGUGGCAAAACCUUUUGUCAUGGAUCGAGUCUUAAAAGACAUCUAAAAACUCAUACAGGUGAAAAGCCUCAUAGAUGUCACAAUUGUGGGAAAAGUUUUAGUCGCCUGACGGCACUUACUUUGCACCAGAGAACACACACGGAAGAGAGACCCUUUAAAUGUAGUUAUUGUGGAAAAAGCUUUAGACAGAGACCAAGCCUUGUAAUUCAUUUAAGAAUCCAUACAGGGGAAAAGCCAUACAAGUGUACUCAUUGUUCUAAAAGCUUCAGGCAGAGGGCAGGCCUUAUUAUGCACCAGGUCACACACUUUAGAGGACUUCUUUAAGAACCGUUAAGGGAAACAGGUUCUAGCAAAGUUAACACUAGUUCAGAAACAGUGUAGGCUGCAGUAGCUAUUUGUCUUAGAAGCCUUUUGUCUGAGUAUGUAAGUGCAGCUUUGAGGGGUGCUAUUUUUUAAAACUAUCUUUCAAGGUAUUUGAGUUCUAGAAUGUCCACUUAUUCUCGAAGUUCCUCUGAAUUUAAUAUCUUCUGUCUUUUUCUGUUGUUUAAUUGCAGUGGAAAUGUUUGGUUCCAAGGCAACCAUGUGGUAAGCAUAAGCACAAAGCAUAGAAACAGUAGCAGUUGCUUAUAGGUAGGACCAAUUGAUGGAUGAGUACUGGUGUCACUUCCAGUCCUAGCACACUUGCUUUCCUGUGUAAUUAUGAAAGCAGCUAGUAUGUAGAUGUGCCUCAAGUGGCAAGACAUGAGACAGUGAAUUUUGUCAACACUUUUAAAGUUGUUUCAGGGGGAUUAGGGUGAAGAGGAUGGCAUUGGCCUAAUGAACAAGCUGGUUUCCAUUGACAGUUUUAUGCUUCGAGAAGUUGGGAUCCUAGGUUUGGAAUUUUGUGGAGUUUGCUGGUCUGCUUAGUUGGCUGUCUGUGGUGAUGGUGGUUAGAGUGUGGUCACUAGAAUUGAGUGUUCGCUUUAUAACUGUAUGCUAGGUCUAGCAGAAGUAACUUGCAGUUGAUGUUGUACAAGUAGAAUAUAACUGUAUUUAGAUGGACUGCAGAACAAGUCUGCAUGGAUUUUCAUCCUGCUUCGGGAUUCUCUCCUGCUUAUUUCAGUGCUUUUGAAAUUGUAUCCAUUCUCUAAGUCAGUGUUUUUCUAAGUAUGUGUCACAGAAUACUUUGUUCUGUAAGAUGUUCUGCAAAUAAUUUUGGGAAUUGCUUCUAGCUGUUUGUUCUUCCUAGAAUUGUGAUGCUCUUCAGCAAAUGAGGCUCCUGGCAAGGUCCUCGUCUAUCGAGGAGGCACCUCUUGUAGUUCAAUGCUUUCCAUACUCAUCUGACCCCAGAACACUUUUCAUGUACACAUAGGAAUAACUUGCAGUAGUAUUCUGCAAGUACCCCUUGGGACACACUGCCUUAAACUAGUAUGUCUAUAGCUAUCAGUGUAGUCCUGUCACCCUAAACCUAGUUAGUUCUAGUUUCAAGGAUUUUAUGAAAAAAUAUUUGAAGAUAUACAUAUUUUGUAUUAUACACACAUCAUUUCAAGGACAAAAUAUUUGAAGAUAUACAUAUUUUGUAUUAUACACACAUCAUUUCAAGGACGUUAAAAUCACUAAUUGACAUAAUUUGUGGGUUAGUGACUUGUAGCCUCUGAGUUUUAAUUAUACUUAGGCGCGCACACACACACACCAUUUUAAGGAGGUGAAGAUCACUAAUUCACAUAAUUUAUGAAUUAUGUAGUGGUUCUUAACCUUUUUGAAUUUUACUUAUAAUCACACACACACACAGAGUUGGUACUUAUAUAAGUGUUUUGAUGUAAUCAUAGUAACAACUCAAAUCUCAUAGUAAGGGAGAAAAUCUCAUCAAUUAAAGCUGUUGAUAUGUGAAAAUCCUCAUUGAGCUUAGUCCUUGUUAUUAGAUACAAGAAAUGGGACAUUCAAGUAUAUAUUCCCUUUAUGAAGAUACACAGUUAUCUUUAAAGUAGAACUAAGGAAGUUCUUGGAAGUGAUUUAUAAGUAUUUGGCGGGUAUGUAUUAUGUGCCUAACUUGGCCUGUCCUAGUCUUCUUUAAUGGAAGGUAGUAACAAAACAUAAUUCAUAUGUAAGGUUCAUAAAGAGUUUAUAGUAUCUCAAGUUAAACAAGAGUUGGGAAACAAACGGAGAACAAUACAAGAGAGAGCUUAUGACUAAGUGCCAAAUCAUAUAAAGUGCCAGAGCCAGGAUGUGUCUUUUUCCUUGGCAUCCAGGUCCCUGUAUGAUGCUGCUAAUAAUUCUGGGAUUAAAAUUAGACCCCAGUAACAUGGGAGGAGUCUGAAUGUAGAGGUUAAAAAUACAGAAUGUAAUGGCUUCUCUUCCUCUCUUGUGGAAUUGCAUUCAAACCAGAACAGUGCCUUAGAAUGGAUGUGCCCAACUGCUCUGUAUUUAUACACAAUUUUAAUAAAGUGGAAAUGUAUAUAUG